AAUGGAGAAAAAAUGCUAACUAAGAGAAAGACAUACGGUUGAUUUUCUAAUGUUAUUUGUAUAUUUAUAAAAAAGAUAUAUAACCAUUAUUAUAUAUAUACUUCAGAUUAUGUUGUCAUCGUAUUUUGCUUUCAAAAUCAAAAUGUUGCGUGAUUGUACAAAAACAUGCGAUUACAAAAUUAAUUCGGGAUUAUCUAUAGCUAACCGUGGCUUUAACUAAAAUAAUUGUCAACGUAAAAUAUAACUAAAAAAAAUCCAUACAUGUUUACAAAAUGAUCGAUAUUGACAAAACUAAUUUACCUCGAGUCGACUCGUUUGUCGCGCGCGUUGUAAUUACAUCAUUAAACGCGAUAUUGCAUUAUGCGCUCUACAGAGCAACUAUCGCGUCGAUCGUAAUGAUGAAAGAAUGCGUCGUCUGGAUUUUUCGAAGAUUAUUGAAAUUUAACCUAGUCGCGAGCAGCCACUGACAUAUAUUUUAUCUCACAUGGAUUAGACUUUUCGUUUUAAAAUAUUGGAAAUUCUCGGUACAGAUUUUGCGAUUUGUCCUCGAGAAGGAUAAAAAUUAUCCUUGAGGAAUCUUUCCGCAAUCAUAGGUGAAAAAUGUUAAAUGCACCGGAAAAGUUUGUCAGUAUAAUGCAUCAUGACUUUAUUUGGCCUUAUGCAAAAUCUCCGAAACCGCCCUCACCGCCAAUGGAUACCACUGGCAUUCAACCGUAUCUUCUCAGACCCGAUCCUGAGGAUUGUAAGUGUGAUAUUCAUGGCUUUGAGGCUGGAAAAACUAGGUAUCGACAGUUAGCCGAUAAGGAACGUCGACUUGUCGACGAGCUGACUAAGGUCAAUUGCGAAAUGACGGAUCUCACGUCAUCGAUGUUAGGUGGCGAUUGCGAUAUGGAAGAGGCAAUGAAAAGCAUUUACAAAACGGAUUAUGAGAAGAGGGGUCUACCCGUCACACGAUACAGAUCAUUAAUGGCAGCGAUUGACUCGCCUGUUGGAUCACCCAUUACGCCGGCAAUUAUCGAUUUGAAAGACGCUUAUCGAGAUCCGACCAGAUUUAGAUCCUCAGCUAUGGAGAGCUUAACAAUUCAACCUGUAAAAACGAGACAUCUCUUAAACGACAAACGGGUUCCAGGAACAUGUUCCUUCUGGACCGAGCAAUUUACUGGAUGCUCCGAGUAUAUGGAUACCAUUAGCAAAAUGGGUUUAACUAAUAUGAAAAAUCAGCAGCGAUAUUUGGCGCCUCUCCCUGUGUUGAGAAAAAUUGGCGUUUGCAAUUCUUCUAUUAAAAACUAAAUCAUAAAGCCAAAAUGACAAGAAAAAGCGAGGCGAGAAAAGACACAAAUACUAAUAUACAUCAUAUAUCGGAAAAUAUAUAAAAUAAAAUAUAUACGUAUAAUAUAAAAUGGCGCAUUUAAGAUUAAAUGUAAAAAUUAUACAUUUAUAAGAGGUCUAAAAAAUCUGUUUUAUAUAAAAUAUGUAGUCUAGAUAAUGCUGCUCUAAAGUCAUUUUAAGCAUUACACAGUAAACACAACAUUGACACGAACACGGACACGACGCGAACACGCGGGAUGUGUUUACUGUAUAAUACUUGAAAUGAUUUUAGCGCAGCAUUAUCUAGACUACAUAUUUUAAUAAAUACUAAUAAUAACUAUAGACAGAGAGAAAGAGAUGGAU